UAAAUUUGUAAAUUAGUUUUAUAAAAUAAUGGAAUGGAAUAAAUUUGUAGUGGUCGUAGCUAUUGUAGCUCAUUUUACUUCAUGUGGAUUUUCGCAAGUCAUUUCAGAAUACUGCAAUCCUAAUCCCUGCCAAAACGGAGGAAGCUGCGAGAAUACAUCAAGAAUUUAUUCAUUUUAUAGAUGUGAUGGCUACUUCGACGAUACCCGCUCUAGCAAUGAAUACUGUUCAAACAACCCUAAUCCCUGCCGAAACGGAGGAACUUGUGUGAAUUCAAUACUUUAUUCAUUUUAUAUCUGCAAGUGCAUGGCGGGUUUCUACGGCGCCUCGUGCUCCAGCGACAAAUUCUGUUCGCACCAUCCAGAUUAUUGUAGAAAUGGAGGAAGCUGUGUCAAUACACCAGGACAGGAACCAUAUUACAUAUGCAAUUUCAUGCAAGGCAACUACGGCAACAACUGCUCUAAAGGUAAGGAGUGGAUUGCUGGAAUUGGUGUGGUAUUAAUUGCAAUUGUUACUGUAAUAUGCUGCUGUACUGGAAUAUGCUUCUGCAUUUGCCGAAAACGGUCACGCAGAGGUUCGCUUCCAAAUUCGAAUACAAGGCCGGCGAAUCCAUACGACACAACAGGCCUUCACUAAGGAUUCUGCAUUUUUAAGAUCGUGAAGGGGAGACUCGUCUGAGUUGGGAACUGCAAAAUAAAUUCAAAGUUCCAUUUUUACCAUAUGUUUUCACACUUCGACUUCAAAUAAAGUUAUGGUCUUGCAGCUACUGUUAUGUAUGUAGCGAAUAUUUUUGUAAGAACUCGAUGAUUUUUGUUCCAUCAUGUUCUACCCAAUUUUUACACUCUGUACUAGAAGUUAACAUCAAAAGACCAGUCAAAAAAAUAUUGAUGAGAAGAAAAGAGUUUGGUAAUUUUCAUUUUUGUGAUUUGAUAAUUUUACUAUGAAUUUGCUACACCCGUCAAAGCGCCGAGAAUGGAAUUGCACCUCUCGUAUGUUUGAAUAUUCAUCAAAAAUUUCAGAAAUUGAACACUUAGCCGUCGCAAGAUUAUCAACCCACACUCUAGUCGUUUCGAACAUAGCCCAUUUGAACUAGCUAGCGG